GUCCCUCACCCGCUACAACACCCCCCCCACACACACACACACCAAACACCCCUCCUUCUCCUUCGAAACACACACUCAAGCCCUAGGGUUCCCCAAACGGCCAAAGCUAAAACCCAGCUUCGUCAACGGAACCGCCGCCGCCGUCCGUGGUUGUCGGCGUCUCUGCGGCCUCCUCCUUCCCCUAUCCCAAAUCCAUACGGCCAGACCUUCUCUUCUAGGCUUUCUAGCUCGGCACGUCGUCCUGUCUUCGUCGGUGAUUUCGCUGUUCGAGGCUUCCAGCUGCUGCGCCGUCGUCGUCCUGCUGUCAGUAGAAGGUUUAGAGCCAAGAAGCUCCUCAAGCAGGCAACAUUGUUGAACAGAGUGGUCUUGGCAUUUGUUGGGGAGAAUAGAGUACUGCAAGUUUACUCAUCUGCACCGUGGAUUGUUCAGCAGCGGCUCCAAAAAGAGCACCGUUGUGUCCCCUCAUAGAGAGAUUCUAUGACCGUUUAUCAGGACAAGUUUUGCUAGAUGGGAAUGAUGUUAAGAGUUUGAAGCUAAAAUGGUUGAGGCAGCAAAUAGGACUAGUGAGCCAAGAACCGGCUUUGUUUGCGACAACAUUCAGAAGCUGACCAAGUUGAGAUUGAAGAAGCUGCAAGAGUAGCAAAGUUGAUAAUUUAUUUAUUUUAUUCUAAAACGGUUUUUCCGGUUGAACUAUGGUUGGACCGGUUGGACCAAUAAACCAGUAAACCAGUGAUUAGAGCGGUUUGAUGACCGGUCCGGUUCUCAAAACCUUGGUUUUGAACACCCCUAUGACUAGUUGACCACUCAUGUUCAUUAAAAUAAAAAGCACAUUUACUCAAACAAUUGUAAAACAAAGCCCGAACAGAUAAAGGGAAAGAACCCAUGCCCAAAAAAAGCCCAGACAGUAAACUGAAUGAAACGUUAAUACGUUAUCCUUGUCUCUGUAACUCCACUCAGCUAAGCUUCCAUGUCUGUUCUUUCUUCUUCAUUUGCCAAAUACAGGACAACUACAAACCAUCCAAGCUUGACUAUACCACCCGCUGGUUCGUUUACUGACCGGGAAAAUAACCGCCGAGAGAGAGCCUCUCCUGAAGACACUGAACAAGCACGUGAAGCACCUGAGAACCGAGCAUUGCUUCUUGCUCUUCGAAGAGCUUGGUAAACAAGAUAGCUGGCUACAAUGCAUUGAGGUUUUCAGGUGGAUGCAGAAACAACAGUGGUAUAUUGCUGACAAUGGAGUUUACUCGAAGCUCAUAUCAGUCAUGGGAAAGAAAGGCCAAACCAGGAUGGCUAUGUGGCUCUUCUCGGAGAUGCGGAAUUCCGGUUGCCGCCCAGAUACUUCUGUGUAUAAUGCUCUUAUCACGGCUCACCUUCAUUCCCGGGACAAGGCAAAGGCAUUGGCCAAAGCUCUUGGCUACUUUGACAAGAUGAAGGGAAUGGAGCGUUGUAAGCCCAACAUUGUUACUUAUAACAUUCUCUUGAGAGCUUUUGCGCAGGCCCGCAAUGCAGAUCAAGUGAAUUCUUUGUUCAGGGAUCUUGAUGAGACUGUCAUUUCUCCUGAUAUAUACACGUUUAAUGGUGUCAUGGAUGCUUUUGGAAAGAAUGGAAUGAUCCGCGAAAUGGAAUCUGUGCUUGCUCGAAUGAAAAGCCAUAAGUGUAAGCCUGACUUGAUUACCUUUAAUUUGCUCAUCGAUGCAUAUGGGAAGAAGCAGGAAUUCGAUAAGAUGGAACAAGUAUUCAAGAGUUUGUUGAAGUCCAAGCAGAAACCAACACUGCCUACGUUUAAUUCCAUGAUCCUGAACUAUGGGAAGGCACGAUUAAAGGAGAAAGCAGAAAAUGUUUUCAGAAAAAUGACUGACAUGGGUUAUGAACCAAGCUUUGUCACUCACGAGAGUCUCAUCUACAUGUAUGGAUACUGUGAUUGCAUUUCCAAAGCUAGAGAUUUAUUUGAAGGGCUAAUUGAGUCAAAGGCUCAGAUAAAACCAUCAACCCUAAAUGCUAUGCUUGAUGCUUACUGCAUAAAUGGUUUACCAUUGGAAGCAGAUUCUCUGUUGGAGAGGGCAAUUAGUUUACAAGUGUUUCCUGAUGCUUCAACAUAUAAGCUUCUUUAUAGGGCUUACACUAAAGCCAACUUGAAGGAGCUUUUGGAUAAAUUGCUGAAGCAUAUGGAUAGAAAUGGUAUUAUCCCUAACAAGAAGUUCUUCCUAGAUGCUUUGGGAUCUUCACGGGACAAGUCAAAAUCUGCUACUACUGCUGUAACUCAUUCAAAUAGCUCCCAAGAUUUUGCAAAACCUCAGCUGAAAAAUUAGUUGGUAAUUCACAUCAACAUUUGACUUGCUUACUAGUUACUAGCAGCUCAGUUCACAUAUGAGGUGGUAUGUUAUGUGACUUUGUCAUCAUUAUUUAAAUAUUCAAGUUUUGGUUUAGUGAAUCUGUUAUUCUUUGUUUAUCCUUUUUGUUCUUGUAAAUAAUUAUUGCUGAAUUCUGUGUUU